AUGAGUCUCAAUGAACUUUACGACUGGUUCGAAUCUCACAUGGACGAUGGCGUGCCCUGGGUCAAGAGCAGCAUCCGCCACACUCUCUGUGUGCACCAGGUCAGGCGGCACGAGACCACCUUCGACGAUCAUUGGCUUGGAGUCCCUCUCGAAAGCAUACCCGAGCUAGAUGGAACUUUAGCGUUUGCGUCGCAUACCUCUAUGGCCACUGCAGACGAGCUUUCAUUCGUGGACAACCCGGAUACUGACUUUCAACUGCCCCCCUCAGUGGUGAGUCGCCGCCCCAUCUACAUCGUAUUAUGA